AUGUCCUCCGAGAUAGAGGUUGUCCAGUUGGACCAUGUACCAAGUCGCUACGCCGUCCACCUCGCGGUGUUCCAGGACGUGGGCAACGCCGAGUUCCUCCACAAGCAGCUUCUGUCGCGCAACGCAGAAUUUGAAUAUGCCUUUAUCGACGCUUCGGUGAUCGUGUCCAGACUCCACCUGUUGUCCGCGGUCUUUAAAGCCAUCACUUCAGCAUCGAACGAAGUCCUCAAAACACCAAAUGUCCAUUCGGAGAUUGUCGCCAACCUGGCGGCGAGCAACAAUGUGCGAUAUCAUGUCCACGAACUGAGCCAAAUGGCUAACGCUCCCCAGAUAGCAGAGGCCUACCGUCGAUAUGGCGUGUCAACGGCUACGAAGAACCUUGUUGUGGUCAAGGUUGCGGAAAACGGCAACCCAUCCACCGAACAGAUCGCAGAACACCUCGCGAAGAAUGUCGAGGGCACCCAAGUACCAGCGACGGACGAGAAACUUGCUUCCACGGCAGACAUGAGCAAGGUGUUCAAAUACUACAAGUUAAAUGGACUGAAUUGGCUGGAUAAGAUCAAAGAUCAUGGUGCGGAGCAGAAAGAGUUGGAGAUGCUGGUCGUUGGUGCCAUGGCCUUACGUGGGCUGUAA